UAGGGCUGUCUCUUCCUGGGUGGGAGAGGUGGAUGGGGGCGGAGAUCUCUGUAAACUUGCAGGGGGUUUCUUACUGUGCCAAGACACCAUCUAUUUGAAAGGACUUCUCUCUCCCUUUCUCAUCAUUUUCUAGAUACUGAGUUGUAGAAAUGACAGGGUGCUCUUCCUUCACGGAGCCCCGAGCUGACUACUGUGGCUUUUCCUAAAUGCAGCACUAGGUCAAGGCUCGCAACAUGAUCUGGAUGGGGAUGCAAAGCCUCGGGGCUCAGGGAGGAGGGUGCUGGUUCAGGGAAAUUGAUUUGGGGCUUUCAUUUAUUUGUUUGUUCCGUCUAUAGUUACUGAGUAUCUACUAUGUGCCAGACACUGUUCUGAGGAGUUGAAACUUUAAGAUGGGGAGGGGGACAGAAAAUAAACAACAAAUAAGACAAGUAUGUGAUUUGUUAGAAAAAUGACUUGUUCUAUGAGGAAACAAUAGAAUGGGUUAGGGGAUCAAGUAUUUGGGAGAAGUGGUAGAAUUUUAAAAAGGGUGGUCAGAAUGACCUCGUGAAGAGCAAAGAUUAAGAAGGAGAGGCACUUGGCCAGGCAGAUCUCUGGGGAAAGAGCCCUCCAGAUGGACAGGACAGCCAGUGCAAAGGCCCUGAGGCAGAGUAUGUCUGCCCCAUGUGGUAAAUAGCAAGGAGGUCAGUAUGGAGGUGGCAGAGUUAGGGAAUGAGAGAAUCAAAGGGGAUGAGCUCGGAGAGGGUAGGGCUGGGGUCUGGUGCAAAUUGCAAAGGCUAUUGUAAGACUUGAGUGUUUACAACUGAGGGCAAUGGGGGGCAUUGCAAGGUUGCCAGCAGAAAGGGGUCAUUCUUGGGUUAUGCUGUAAAAAGAAGGCUUUCUCUACCAUGUUCAAAAACAGAUCCAGGGCCGAGGGGAGGAGGCAUAAGGGUGAUCUAGGUGAGAGCUUCUGAUGUGUGACAACUCAGUGGGAGUUGUAAACUGGAUGAAAAAGAUCAGAUUCCUGAUCUACUUUGAAAGUACAGCAAACAGGAUUUCCUGGUGGAGUGGAUGAAGCUAGGGAGGGCUUUGAUCCUUAAUCGUGGGCUGGGUCUUUUCUUCCUGUCUCAUUGGUGCUCACGGCCAGUGUCGUGCAUAAGAGUGAAAGGGGGUGCUAUUAACAGCUCCCCUGGAACCCCUGGUGUCAACUGUAUGUCUCCAGGCAACCAAAAUGACUGGACACCCUCUUGAGAGCUCACAUCUGUGGAGGUGGAAGAGUGGGCUUGGCCAGAAGAAACGUAUUAGGACGGAAGGACUCUAGAACCUUCUGGAGGCAGAGAGAAGGCCCCAAGAAGGGUGAGGAUAUUGGAGGUGGAGGACAGGGUAUGCAAAGAAAUGAGAGGUCAUUUUGGAAGCAACCAGUUCUCUGUAUGGGCAGGCUUGAGGCUCUGUGGGGCAUGGGCAUGGGCUUGAAUAAGCAAGCUGUCCACUCAAGGGCUGGGAGCAUCUGUCCGUAGAGGCUGGAGGGGGUCAGAGACAGCACCACUGAUGGGAUUCUUGCCCAACAUCCUAUGCGUGGUAACCAGACUUCCUUCACUCUAUGAACAACCCAGACCCUAUCAGAGCCACGCAAUUACAGGCUAAGACAGAAGUCCUGGUGCAUUAAUAGCUGAGGCAGGAAGGCUUUCCAUCUGCAGAGAUGGCAGUAAUGUCUUGACCUCCCAAAUCAGCAGAAGAGGAAUCUCAGUGAGGCUUACUUCCGAGAGGUGCAGUGGGGUUACAUGUAUCUCCCAGGAAGUACAAUCAAGGAGAUUGCCACAAACCCAGAAGAAGCGGGGAAGUUUGUCUUUGAAGUCAUUCCAGCGGUGUUCGGCCAGCGCUUGGAUGAGACCGUGGCCUAUGAGCAGAAAUUUGGCCCCCACCUGGUGCCCAUCCUGGUGGAGAAGUGUGCCGAGUUCAUCCUGGAGCAUGGCCUGAAUGAAGAGGGCAUCUUCCGACUGCCCGGGCAGGACAACCUGGUGAAGCAGCUGAGAGAUGCUUUUGACGCGGGGGAGCGGCCCAACUUUGACAGAGAUACAGAUGUGCACACAGUGGCCUCCCUGCUGAAGCUCUACCUCCGAGACCUCCCAGAACCAGUGGUUCCCUGGAGCCAGUAUGAGGGGUUCCUGCUGUGUGGGCAGCUCAUGAAUGCAGAUGAGGCAAAGGCUCAGCAGGAGCUGGUGAAGCAGCUCUCCAUCCUUCCUCGAGACAACUAUAGCCUCCUGAGCUACAUCUGCAGGUUCCUCCACGAAAUCCAGCUGAACUGUGGAGUUAACAAGAUGAGUGUGGACAAUCUGGCUACUGUAAUUGGUGUGAAUCUCAUCAGGUCAAAAGUCGAAGACCCUGCCGUGAUCAUGAGAGGGACUCCUCAGAUCCAAAGAGUGAUGACCAUGAUGAUCAGAGACCAUGAAGUCCUCUUCCCCAAGUCUAAGGAUGCACCCUUAUCCCCUCCUGCCCCCAAAAACGACCCCAAGAAACCUCCAGUGGCACGAAGCUCUGUGGGCUGGGAUGCCUCUGAGGACCCUCCAAUUUCUAGGACAGACAGCAUUAAUAACAUGACCAGCGACUCCGACGCAACCAGUCCUACUGGACAACGGCCAAAUGAUGGGUGUCUAGAAGACAGUAUCAAAGCGUCCAAGGAAAAACCAGGAGAUUGGAAGAUGCAAUCCCGAAAAAGGACUCAGACGCUCCCUAACCGGAAAUGCUUCUUGACAUCAGCUUUGCAAGGUGCCAACAGCUGCAAAACGGAGGUCAUUAAAAAUGAGUUCUGCUCACCAUCUUCGGAGGCGAAGGCAGGGGAAGGGCACAGGAGAACGAUGUCUCAAGGUGUGCCACAGUUUUUCGACACCCAGCGGACUUCCACCUAUGAUAAUGUCCCUGUCCAGCCUGGGUCCCCUGGGGACAAAGCAGAUGCACUGUCCCCCCAGGCCUAUGACUCCAAGAGAGAUGCUCCCGGCAGCCCAAACUCCGAAGCCAGGCCUGGGAAAAAGAACUCUGGAGAAGAGGAACUCGAAUCUUUUCAGAGGAUGUUGGUCCAGGAGCUGCGAAAGGAAAUACAAACACAGAAGCAAAUGUAUGAGGAACAGAUUAAAAACCUUGAGAAGGAAAAUUACGAUGUCUGGACUAAGGUGGUGAGGCUCAAUGAGGAACUGGAGAAGGAGAAGAAGAAGUCUGCAGCCUUGGAAAUCAGCCUCCGCAACGUGGAGCGCUCCCUGGAGGACGUGGAGAGGAGGAACAAGGCCUUGGAAGAGGAAGUCAAGGAAUUUGUCCGGUCGAUGAAGGAGCCCAAGACCAACGCUUGAGGGUCCCAGGAGCACCAGGGGGACCGCCCUGCAAAGACCCAGCACUGCUCCCUUUCUCAGUGCUACCUGAGGACUGGGUAGCAGCGUGACUUCCUUAAGAGGCAGAGGACGUGUGGGGGGAAACAUCACAUUUCCCAGGAAAUAAAUCAGUGGAGUUUGCAGGAGGCUGAGUGACCGGAAACUUGAAUGGACCUCUCUGAGCCCCUGGGGCUGUAUUAGAAAGGACUGCAUGCUUCCCCCUGGUCUUGGGCUGAGUGCAAAGGCACCUCCCAUGGCUGGAUGGUUGUAUCUACUGGAGACUUUGACCCAGGCCACAGGCCAGGACUCAGGCAACAGGCUGCCCCCAAUCGAGGCUAGACUGAGGCAUUCGCUCUUUGUUUCCAGUGUGGAACCACCCACCUAGUCAGAUGGCCUCCGGUGUCUCUGAGACACAGUGGUAGGAAAGGAUAGCCAGCUCUUGAGUUGGCCGUGGUGCGCUGUGUUCUGGGCACCUGCUGAAGCCACGACCCUAUUCUGCCACCCCCACCAUGAUGCACAUGCUCCAGGGUUGAAAAGUCAAAAUUAGUGUUAGAUGAAGACAAAGCAAACAAUAAACUGUAUUUAUGAAAGCAGCAUCAACUAGAAAAUUGUAUUCAAAUAAAGGGAAAAAAAAAAAAAAAAGCAGCAGCAGCAGGGCUGUUGGUAAUCCAUACAACUCUUCUAGGAGAGUAAAAGGCUUCCCUGCCUGAUGAACAAGGCACAGGCCACCUUCCAACCCCACUUGCCUUUCAAAAGCCACAGUGGCAAAGGGCGGGCCCGCUGUGAUGGGACUUCCUUAGAGGCUGCUUGGGGGUGUGGCUCCGAACAAUAACUUUGGUUUCUGCUUCACCAAAAUGCAGUUGAUUUUACCCUGUAAAGGCCCCUGAGGCACUAGAGAAAAGCUGGGAGAUGAGCUUUUCCAGCCAAAAGCUGACUUUUCCUUCCACGUUAAGCCAGGCUGGCAGAGGCCCCGGUGAGGCCCCAGGCUGGCUAGGUAGCAUGGGGGAGUCUUUAGUGGUUUCUGUUGUCGUUCUAGUUAGGUGGUCUCCAAGCUCUUUUGACCAUGUACCCCCUCAACAGAAAAUAUUUGAGCAUACACCCGCCCAAACUAGGUAUAUUUAUUUAUUUAUAAAUUAUAUAUCAUAAAACAUACGCAGGACAGAAAUUGAUCGAUGAGGAGAUACAAACCAAUACAAGGAGAUAUUCUCAAGUGUGCUUUCAGGUCUGGAGACCUCCGGCCCAGUUUCCCAGCAGGUGAUACCUGUACCAAUGUUAUAUGUAUUUGGUCCCAUCGCUCCCAUAAAUUUCCUUGAGCUCUUGAAGCCACGCUGCUAAAUCAGUGGUUUGGAAACUCUAGUCACCACAGUGAGAGUUUAGGCUUUCCCAGCAUCUGUGUCUCUUCUGUUACUCCUUUUUUUUUCCUCCCUUUGUUUUCUCCUUUUUGCUCAUCUGCUGUGUUUCCUUCACCCUGCUUAUUGGCCCCUGCCCUCGGCCAUGAGGUUUUACUCACACGGCGAAGAGGAUGGAUGGACUGGGGUUGGGGGAUGGGAAUCUGUGUUUCUCAGUCCUGUUCUGCCCACCUUCAGCCCCCUGAGGACCAGACUGACAGAGGACAAGGAUGACAUCGAGAGCAUCCUUGCUGGGGUCUGCUGACAGAAGAUUGGGAGGCGGGGAGACUGAUGUAGAACUUUAUUAAAUAGAGCAAUAAAAUAUUUGAUAUCCUGG